AUGCGUUUGUCUAUCCUCUUCUCAACCCUCACGGCAGUGGUGGCCGCACCAUCUAAACGCUCUGAUCGUGCACCACUUCUCAUCCCGCAAGGUCUUGAGAACAGUCUCAUUGCUGGUAAGUACAUUGUCAAGUUCAAGGAGACUGGUGAUCUCGCGUCUGCCAACAGCAUCGCCAGCAUCCUCUCUGAGGCCCCCGAGCACGUAUUUCAGAGCGUGUUCAAGGGGUUCUCCGGAACAAUUGACCAAGCUACUCUGGAAACUCUCCGUGAGCAUCCUGAUGUUGAAUACAUUGAACAAGACGCUGUCGUCACUCUUGACGCCUUCACCACUCAGCCUGGCGCUCCAUGGAGCCUAGGACGACUCUCCAGUGUCAACGGUGGUAGCACCGCAUAUACAUACGAUGACAGUGCCGGCGAGGGCACCUGUGUCUACAUCUUGGAUACGGGAAUCGACGUCAGCCACACUGAAUUUGGCGGCCGCGCCGAAUUCCUUGUCAACUAUGCAGGAGGAGGCGACAUCGACGUCCAUGGCCACGGGACUCACGUUGCAGGAACCGUAGGCAGUGAAACGUUCGGUGUUGCCAAGAAGACUAAGCUGUUCGGCGUCAAAGUUCUCAAUAACAGGGGCAGCGGCACGUAUGCGGGCAUCAUCAGCGGCCUAGACUUUGUGGCGAGAGACGCGCAGUCCCGUUACUGCCCCAAGGGAGCCAUGGCCAACAUGUCUCUCGGAGGAGGCAGAUCAGAGGCCCUCAACGAGGCUUCAGCUGCGCUUGUCAAUAGUGGUGUCUUCCUGGCUGUUGCAGCCGGAAACAGCAAUAUGAAUGCUGCGAGUUACUCGCCAGCCUCGGAGCCUCUGGCCUGCACGAUCGGUGCUACUGACUCGAACGACGCCCGGGCUUACUAUUCCAACUACGGCGAGGUUGUUGAUUUGUUCGCCCCUGGUAGCGAUGUUUUGUCUACCCUCCCCGGCAAUAGCAGUGGGUUUAAUUCUGGCACAUCGAUGGCUUCUCCUCACGUUGCCGGUCUAGCUGCUUACCUUGCUGGCUUGGAGGGAUUUCCUGGUUCUGAUGCUCUUUGCACGCGUAUUAAGAAUCUUGCCACUGUUGGGAUCCUCACCAACAUACCUAGCGAUAAAGCUAACAGGCUUACGUUUAACGGAAACCCCAGCGGUUAG